UUCAGGUACAAAGGAAAUCUAAAAAUAUGGGACUCUUUUUUUUUUUUUCUUUCAAUUACUAAUGCUAUUGUCAAAAACCAUUACUAUUUUCCUUUUCCUCUUCCUCCUCCUCCUUUUCUCAUUGCUGGACUGGUUCAGUAGGUAGCUAGCUAGCAAAGGAAAGAUUGGAUUUUUUUUUUUUUUCAAGUGUUUCUUUUUAAAAAAUUUGACAUCAAUAUGCGGCUCCUGGAUCUGUUUGCCAUUGCUUCUAUGCCUGUUCUCAAAGUACUCCUCAUCACUGCGCUUGGCUCUUUCUUGGCUUUCGACAAUGUCAAUAUCUUGGGGGAGGAAGCAAGGAAGCAAAUUAACCGAGUUGUUUUUUAUGUCUUCAAUCCAGCACUAGUAGGGGGCAACUUGGCUAAAACAAUCACCUUUGAAAGCAUUCUAUUGCUGUGGUUUAUGCCCGUCAAUAUCCUUAUUACAUUUAUUAUUGGUUCAGCACUGGGUUGGAUACUCAUCAAAAUCACAGCCCCUCCAAAACAUCUUAAAGGCCUUAUAUUGGGUUGCUGUGCUGCAGGAAACAUGGGAAACUUGGUUUUAAUCAUUGUCCCAGCAAUGUGUAGAGAGAAAGGAAGUCCAUUUGGACCACCUGAUGUUUGCCACGCAUAUGGGAUCUCUUAUGCUUCACUUUCAAUGGCGAUAGGUGCCAUUUAUAUGUGGUCUUAUGUUUAUAACAUGAUGAGAAUUUCAGCAAGUGAGAUCAACAAAGAAGUUCGUAGGAAAGACACUGAAGGAACACCAGAAUCCAUGAACUCGGGAAAUCUUCUUCCUUCCAAAGAAUUGCCCAUUUCUGCUGAGCUUACAUAUGGUUUACUGCAUCCUGGGACAGAGUCUGAUAAAAUUGUUAAGACUUUCACAUGGACACAAGUCUCAAACAAGAUUAAGCAACAUUUGCGGAUGAUUUCAGAAAAACUUAAUCUGAAAGCAAUAUUUGCACCUUCAACUAUUGGAGCGAUUGUGGGGUUUAUUGUUGGAGCAGUCCCUCAAAUUCGAGAGUUGUUGAUUGGUACUAAUGCUCCCCUUCACGUAAUUGAAGAUUCGGCUUCUUUAGUUGGAGAUGCAGCCAUCCCAGCUGUUACCCUGAUAGUUGGAGGAAACCUUCUUAGAGGUUUAAAAGGAUCAGGAAUUCAGUUGUCACUGGUAUUUGGAAUAUUAGGAGUUCGGUAUGUUAUCCUACCUCUACUGGGGAUUGUAAUCGUUAGAGGUGCAGUGCAUUUUGGUCUUGUGGGUUCAGAUCCAUUGUACCAGUUUAUCCUUCUGGUGCAAUUUGCAGUUCCACCAGCUAUGAACAUAGGGACGAUGACUCAAUUGUUUGGUACUGGACAGAGUGAAUGUUCUGUUAUAAUGCUGUGGACAUAUGCUAUGGCAUCGAUUUCUCUUACACUAUGGUCAACCCUUUUCUUGUGGAUGGUGACUUGACAUCUGUAUAUAUUACUUCUUCUUUAGACAUCUUUUCACAUAGUUGAGGACAUUGACAGCAAUUCAGACGAAUAUCAGUUAAGACGUAUACUUACACAAAUGAUGCUAAGAGGGACACCUUUGGUGAUGACGAUGAUGGUUAUACCCCACCUUUGAAAACUAACUUUAUCACAUCUUUCCCCAUUUCAUAUACAUAUUUUUCUUUAUCA